AUGGCACGCACUGAAAUAAAGCAACCAUUACUGAAUUCAUCAGAUUAUAUAAAUAGAAAAUCUCGUUUUUCUCUGAACAUUGAGGCUCUCUAUGAUUAUUAUUGCUGCUUUUUAAAUGUAGCAGUGAAAUGGACUGACUCAGUUCAUGAUGCUAGAAUGUUUAGUCAGUCCAGAUUGAAUGAACUCUUAAAGAAUGAAGUUAUACCUCCAUGCUGGCAAAGAAUUUGUGAUGAAGAUAUACCUAUAUUUAUUAUAGGUGAUCCAGCUUACCCAUCAAUGCCUUACCUUAUGAAGGAAUAUGCGGGUGGUGGAAUGAAUCGUCAAGAGCAGUAUUUUGAUUUCAGAUUGUGUAGCACAAGAAAUGUUACUGAAUGUGCCUUUGGUCGAUUAAAAGCUAGAUUUGCAUGUUUAAAGCAUGCAAUGAAUAUAAACUUGGAUGACAUACCUUUCAUUAUAUAUGCCUGUUUUGUUGUGCAUAACUACUGCGAAUAA